AUGAUCCUGAGCCAGUUCGUAAAAAGGUCCAGGUUAAAUCUCCCAGCCCCACAGAUUCCUGACCAUGAGUUGGAGGCAAUUGCUAAGAUGGGAAGUGCUACUGAUCUUCUUGGAAGUGAAGAACUUACAGGAGGAAAUGCUGCAACACGUGCUUUUCUUGCAAAUUAUGCCCAGACUCCAAGAUAUGGAAUGACUCCUGGGAGAACCCCUCAAAGGACUCCUACAGGAAAGCAGGAUGCUAUCAUGAUGGAAGCAGAGAACCAUCGGAGGCUGACUUUGUCUCAGACUCCAUUGCUUGGUGGGGAUAAUCCGGUGCUGCACCCUUCAGACUUUUCUGGGGUGACUCCAAAGAAAAAGGAUAUUGCAACACCAAAUCCUCUAAUGACUCCAUCUGCUACUCCUGGAGGCCCUGGUCUCACUCCUAGAAUCGGGAUGACACCCACACGUGAUGUAUAUGCUGUUGGUUUGACUCCAAAAGGAACUUCAAUGAGGGAUGAGCUGCGCAUAAAUGAAGAUAUUGAUAUGCAUGACAUUUCCAAAGUGAGGCAGUCUGAUUCUAAAAAGGAACUCAUUUUUGGUCUGAAAAAUCUCCCACAACCCAAGAAUGACUACCAAAUAGUUAUUCAACCAUUGGCUGAAGAAGAUGAAGAACUUGAAGAGAAGAUCGAGGAAGACAUGUCGGACAGAAUUGCUCGAGAGAAGGCUGAGGAAGAAGCAAGGCAACAAGCAUUACUCAAGAAAAGGUCAAAAGUACUGCAGAGGGAGCUGCCAAGACCUCCUGUUGUUUCAUUGGAUCUCAUUAGAAACACUUUGAUGAGAGCUGAUGAAGACAAGAGUUCCGUUGUUCCAUUAACCUUAGUUGAGCAGGCUGAUGAAUUAGUAAGAAAGGAGCUUUUAUCUUUGCUUGAGCAUGAUAAUAUAAAAUAUCCCCUGGAUGAGAAAGCAACCAAGGAGAAGAAGAAAGGUGGAAAACGUGCUGCAAAAGGGAAUUCUGUAGAUGUGCCUACAAUUGACGAGUUCGAAGAAGAUGAGCUGAAAGAGCUAGAAUGCUUCCAAGCUUUGAGUAAGCAAGAAACUCUAGCAGCAACAUACAGGAUCAGCAACCUCAGGGAAGAGGAUCAGAAGCAGAAGGAUCUCGAGCGCACUUUACAGAAACGUUACAGCGAUCGGAAGGCUGAACUAGAGAGAGUUCAGCAUUUGGUAAAUGCAUAUAGACUGCAAGCAGAAAGGGAUCUUGAAAAAGCUGCAAAAGACAACGACACUGCCAUGGAUGCCAUUGACACAACUCAAGAUCAAUCUGUUGCACCUGAUCUUGAAGCUCACAAGGACAUAGUAAUGCAAGAGCCCGAUGCAGCUGAAGAAGCUGUCACCAAGGACAUAGUCGAGGUGGAAUCGAGAUCCAAGGAUGAAAUGAUGUUGCGGAAGAGAAUGCAGCAUCAACCUGUGGUGAGUUGCAAGUAG